CUGCUUUUGGGCGUGAGAUUACUUUGUUUUCUGUGCGACGUGGUGUCAAAGUUUGUUACUCUGAGAUGUCCGUAUCGACCCGUCUAUGUGCACAGUGAGUCCGCCCAUCGCUUAUUCACCAUGUCGGGAGUCGCACGCCAUCAAAGUAGUAGAAGACGGCGUCCCCCCAAAAUGUUUCUGGUGGCGUCCGACCUGAAGAUCCAGGACCACCUGGAUGGAACCAUUCGGGUGCUACGGGGCUACCUGUGCCAGGAGCAAGAAACCCUGGAAAGGAAUGGCAAAGUGGAGCAGUUGUGGGUAAAAGUAUUAGAUAACGGCUGGAUGGUUAAGAUUGAGAGGCACGUGCUCAUGGAGAUACCCGCCGACCAGGCUGGCCUAUUGGAGCCAGUGACGGAGCCGGAAGCCCGCCUGAAACUUCACAACAAACCUCAUCGGCUGCAGCGAUUGGCUGUCCUGCCUUUGGGGUCGCCCGUAACCGUAGUGAUGAGCCACGGUGGCCUGGCCGAGGCAGAGCUUAGAUACAGGGGACCCCUGACUAGAGGGAGUUCGGCCGUAUACUUUGGGGUGCAACUGAAGGGUUGGGCAGCGGGUAAGGGCACCAGUACCGGCACCUAUAAAGGCCACCAGCUCUUCACCUGCCCCGAGGCAUGUGCCCUCUUCGUCCCUGCCAGCCAGCUCACCCUGCGGCGCUUCUCCCGCGAGACUGACGCCGCCGAACGCCAGCCCUCUAACACCAGCGCUCCUCACAACCCCCCCAGCGCACAACCCCCCACCUCCCACCAGACGGUGAGCAUUCUUUCACGCACGGCUGAGUCCAUCCCUGGGCCAGCCUCUCCCACCGCUCCGGCGCUGCAGCAGGGCCAGCGGGUGAUAUUCACCCAGGACGAGGCCAUUCAGACGGGGAGGGUGGUGUUCUGUGGGGCCCUGCCUGGCAGGAGCUCUGGAGGUGUUUUCGUGGGCUUGCUUCUGGACAGCCCGGUCGGUUCGUGGGAUGGCACGUAUAAGAACCAUACGCUCUGCUCCAUCUCUUCCCCUCAGUUUGGUCAUCUCCUCCCCCUCUCCAAAGUCACUCCAGUGGAAUCCAGACCACAGAAGUCACCCCCUCCCGUGGUUAACCCCAAAUCUGCCCUGAAACCCCCUUCCCUACCCCCCCCAAAAACUGCCCUGGUGCCUGUGCUGCCCCCGUACCCUAAACCGGCUUUAAAGCCCGUAAAUGCCCCCAAACCCAUCUCCCCAACUCACCCCGCUGUCCCAGCCACCGUGCCAUCCCCUCCCCUAUACCACGCAAAAGUAGCCCUUCAGCCCCCCCCAAAACCAUCCACCUCCCCUCCGUCCCUCCCGAGCGUCACCUCCAAACCCCCGCCUCCUCCCCCUGCCAACCUGAAGCCCUCCAUCAAGCCGCCGCUGCCGUCGACGCCGUUUUACCCGAGUACUGACCAGGCGCGUGGCUCCAACGGCCUCCCGGGGCCGCCCUCCCCUCCACCGCUACUGGAGGAGGUGGAGUACGAGUACGAGUAUGAGGCGGGCGCCGGGAUGGAGCUGGAGGUGGGCUCCAUGGUGGAGGUCAACGAGCCGCCGCAGUACGGCGUCAUCCGCUGGAUCGGACGCAUCGGCAGCAUCCCCGAGCUCGUCGCGGGAGUGGAGCUGGACCAGGAGAUAACCGCCGGCACAGACGGUAGUUACCUGGGCGAGCGCUACUUCCGGUGCCCGUCCAAUAAGGGUCUGUUUGUGAAGCUCCGCAGCUGUAGGCGGGACUCCAGAUUCCCCGCCCCCGAGACGCCCAUCAACCAAGUGGAACGCUGCAACUCCAUAGCAUUUGCAGAGUGGGGCAGUGAGCGCGUUGAGGAGCACACCCCUCCCCUGCUGGGCCUGGAGGCCAGAGAACACUACCAUGGCUGGAAGAAGGGCAUCCAGGGACACCUCAACUCCUGCUACCUGGAUGCCACGCUCUUCAGCCUGUUCUCCUGCUGUAGUUCUGCAGACUCUGUGCUCUUCUGUCCCCCCGGGCCGCAGGAUGGCCCCCGCAGUCGCGCGGCUCAGGACCUGCUACGCUGCGAAAUCGUCAACCCCCUGCGCAGGUAUGGGUAUGUCUGUGCCAGCAAAACUAUGGCACUACGCAAACUACUAAAGGCAGAAACGACAGAUGCUGGCUUCACCAAUCAGGAGAAAGACCCUGAGGAGUUCUUCAACAAGCUUUUCCAGCUCUUGCGGGUGGAGCCUCUCCUAAGGAUCCGGUCGAUGAACCAUCAGCCUCAGGAGUGUCACCUCUACCAGCUCUUCCCUCCCUCCACCGCUCCCUCUCUAUCCUCUCCUCCUGCUCUCUCUCCCUCCCUCUCUCUGGCCCCCCUCUCCCCCAUCCCCCUCUCCCCUCCGGCGGAUCACAUGAGAGUGGCGAGUGUGCAGGCGCUACUGGAGGCCUCCUUCAUCCACUCAGGGCUCAAGUUCGCUGAGGCUCCCUCUUGCCUGCCUCUGCUCAUGCCCAGGUUUGGGAAGGACUUCAAGAUGUUCGACGCCAUCCUGCCCUCACUAACUCUGGACAUCACAGACCUGCUGGAUGAGACCCUGCGGCAGUGUAGCAUCUGUCAGUCACUGGCGCACUGGGAGUGUCUGCAGUGCUAUGAGGACCAGGAUAUCACGCCCGGCCGCCUCAAACAGUUCUGCCACACCUGCAACACUCAGGUGCACACCCAUAAGAAGCGCGCGUCGCACCACCCUGAGCGUGUGCGGACCCCUGACUGCCCGUGGGCGGAGCAGUGGGAGGGGUCUCUGGGCGGCAGCCGCCAGCAGCUCGAGCUGUUUGCCGUCACCUGCAUUGAGACCAGCCACUACGUCAGCUUCGUGCGCCAUGGACCCCAGCCCACGGACUGGCUCUUCUUCGACAGCAUGGCCGACAGGGAAGGUGGGGAGAAUGGCUUCAAUGUGCCUCAAGUGAGGGCGUGUCCAGAGGUAGGCCGCUACCUCAGCCUAUCGGAAGAGGAGUUGAGCCGGCUAGACCCUGCCUCCCUGAAGGACACAGUCCGCCGGCUGCUUUGCGACUCUUACAUGUGUCUCUACCACUGCCCCCAGAUCAGUCUCUACAAGUGAUGCUCAUGUACAUACAUACAUACAAACACACACACACACACACACACUUGCACUAUGUGUAUGUGCCGCUAUGUACAGAUCAGCCUUUUCCUGUGACACACACACAUACACAGAAACAGACUGUGCUGUAAAAAUAGACACGUUCACACUUAUAUAUUUGUAAAACAAAUUACAAAUCAGCCUCCAUUAGGAACACAUCAGGUCAAACACACACACCUGGGGGGUAUUCGUUGUACAUGGUUUAGUGACAAACCUGGAUAAGUUAACUCGGAGUAAGUGGUAAACCUCCUAAUAAAAUAACCCCCAUUGGUUCAUUCUCCUAGCAAAACAACGUCAGAGGGCUCUUCUAUUAGGAGGUUUACUACUUACUCUGAGUUAACUUAUCCAGGUCACUAAACCACGUACGACGAAUACCUCCCUGUUUCACUAUGAACCAUACAAAAACACACACACAUACAUACACAUACACACACACACAUGCAUGCGCACACAUGCAUGCACACACAUACACACACACACACACAUGCAUGCACACACAUGCACACACCGGCCAACCUCUGCCUUAAAGUCAUGUGGUCUGAUGUUCAGUGGUGGUUGUAGACAUAAGGCCAGUUCCAGUGUUUGUUUGUUUUUUUACACACACUUCAAACCAGCUUGUAUGUUUAUAGUUACAAGCAGUUAGAGCACAAGCUUGCAGCCUUGUUAUAUUUUUUUAUUUAUUUGGAGAGGAAAUGUUUGCAUUUGUAAUUGUUUAAAGGAAUCCACUCUUUCCACUUGUCAUAACCUGAUCUUGAGCUUGAUCUUUGUGCACUGUUAUGAAUUGUUGUAUUUGUAUGGGCAAGGGAAUACAUAAAAAUAGCAUUUUUUUUUUGUUUUGUACUGUGUAUACAAAUGUUUCUGUAUAUUCUUACUCGUGGAAACAUAAAAUCUGUGUAUUUUCAA